UCUCCAUUCACUGAACUCCUCCGUUUCUAACGGUAGGGGGCGCGCGCCUUUAAAACACCGAGUGCGUCGAACCACAGAUAGAGAACGACUGACGUCACCACUUCCACAACAACAAGAAGCUGAAAAACAAGGAAGUGAAUGAUUGUGAAGCCGUAACCUGUUAUAAGGCCGUGACAAGAUACGCAGAGCUCCGUUUAAUCAGAUAUUCCUCAGCCUCCGGAUCAAUCCAGAAAAAUGAACAACAAAGGUUCAUAUCAACAGCAGGCUGUGUACCCUCAGCAGAGCUCUGCACCUGUAUACCCCCCUGCUAUGCAAAUGUCUCCUCAGGCCCCUCCUUACACAGACACACCACCUGCAUAUUCUGAGAUAUACCAGCCCAGAUAUGUGCUUCCACAUCAGGUGCCCGGUCAGGUGGCGCAGAUGUCCUCUCACUACCCUGGUGCUCAGAUGUUUAUGCCCAUGCAACAUAUGCCUGUUGGGCAAAUGGGCCAGAAUGUCCCCAUGGCUUACUACCCCAUGGGAGCCAUGUACCCCCAUGGUUCAACAGUGAUGGUGGAUAGCAGCUAUGAUGCUGGUGCUCGCUUCACAGCAGGCAGCGGUGUUUCCAUUCCACCCCCACCUCCUGGACAUCCCCCCAAUGCAGCUCAGCUGGCUGCCAUGCAGGGUGCCAAUGUUGUAAUGGCACAGCGCAAGAAUAACUUCUUCCUGGGUGGAUCCAGUGGAGGUUAUACCAUCUGGUAACAGCAACUCCUCCUUCAUGCCUAAACCGUGUCCCCCGUCCCAAAUGAUGCCCCAGUUCUUUCCCCCCAUCCCCAUACGCCUCCCUCUUCAGGCUGCUUGGUCAUGCCACAAUACUGAUAUCACCUAACGGAAUGUAAUAUUUUAGAGCCCUUGUGAAAGGUACAGUACUCCACUUCUGACCUAGAGAUCAAAUGACGAAUGCUACUGCCUGAAGAGGACAAAUGCAACUUUUUAAUGUCGUAGAAUUCAUUCCAUAAUCCUCCAUUGGGUCUAACCUCUUUGGUCAUUCCAGAUUGGACCUCUUUCAGGCAUCUGUAGUUGUUCCAAGAGACCUGGUCUCAUUUGAUCGAAUGGAUCGCAAAUUACCUUGAGAUGUUCUUGUAUACCUGUAAAAGCUACGUAAAUGAAAUAUUGAAAUAUCAGACCCGCAUUAUAUAGUUUAGCUGCUUUAUGGUGAAAGUGAAAUGCAGUUAAAGUUGCAGUUAAAGCGCAAAAAAAAAAAAUUUCCAUUUGUCUUUUUUGAAAAACUUUUAAUGUAGUUAAAUUAGUAGAUGUGUAAUAGUUUCAUGUAAAUACCAGUAUGACCAUGAGAAAUUACAUCUCAACUAUACAAAAAAAGAAAAGAAGUAGCAUCUUGGAUGCUUUUAGCUAGAAUUGUCUUGUCCUUUGCACAGUAUCCAAAAUAUAACAGCAAAUUUGUUGUACAGUCUUAACAGAUUGUUACAUUUAAAUCACUUGUAAAUUUAGAUAAAUUAAACUGAAGCAAAUAAUUAAAGAAAAGAUUUCAUGCAAUAUCCAAAGUGGUUUACUGUACCUUGUUGGGCAAUUUGUAGAUGAACAUAGUCAAGUGCCAAAGAGCACUGGGGAUAGCCCGAAUUUAAAACAAAUUAACUUCAGUAAACUUAAAGGAAAGAAAUUUAAAGAAAAUCCAAAUAGUAAGUUGAAUGGGAAGCGGUGGUUGGUGUAACAUUUUAGCAUUUAGCAGUCUCCUGUUUUUAUUUCACAGUCGGAUACCCAGAGUUUAUACACUAAAUGUUUUAUUGUACAGACUUCAAGAACUAUCAUCCACUGUCUUUUUCUGUCUUUUCACACCGUAUCAUUUGGUAUCAUUAAACCAAUUUCUAAAGUAUUUAUUCACCGUAGGAAAAUGUCACCUUUGUGAUAGCAUUAGUUUCUUGUCAACGUUUUCAAAGGUUGAGGAGACUUUAAUAAAUAUUUCAGUGUUU